UUGCCACAACAAACUCUUUAUUUGAAAAGAUUUUGUACGGCGAUUAUUGAUCGAUCCAUUUGGGCGGGUGCGGACCUGUGCAUCGCCUUCGUUCGGAGUAGGGCGCGACAGCGUCGCCAUCUGGACUCCCGGUCAACGAUCAAACGAAAAACGAACAUCGCGAAACGCCGCGCUGCUAACUGACCUGCACGGCUGUUUGUUGCGUUGUUCGUGGCGAAAUGAAAUAAAGCCGAUCGCCAUUGCCGGUUUCCGCAGUUUGCACGGACCGUUUCACCCGUAUCGCGUAUAAUAUCGGCCGAAUAUCGGUCCCUGCGUCGAGCACAGCGCGAUUUUCGGCCCGGGUGUGGCUUUGUGUCGAGAUAAACAACGUUAGUCAUCGGUUGUCGCGGGCGGCCGGUGCAAAAGUGACAGUAGUGACAGUUGCCGGAACUAUGUCGACCUAAUCGUGUGUCGUGACGGUUAUAUACUCUAUCGCUCGCUAGGAUGAGUGCCAAUAAUGUGAACGCGACCGUUCCUACCACUCAGGCGACCGCUACGAUCAAAUCACGGCCGAAUAUAAUGCCGAGUAGUUACUUGUACACCUCGAGCAGCGCGCUGUUGAAUCGCAACAACGAAAACAAACCGACUCCGCCGCCUACUCUUCCAAAGUAUACGUCGAGUUUUAACGCCGGUAGUGGUUUGAGUCGCGAUAGGGACAAGGACUCGAUCGGUGGCUCUUACAGACUUUCGAGCUUGGAUCGUUUAGCGAUGAGGCAAAAGUUUAUGGACCAGCAGAGCCCCACGAAUGGAACCCCGCAGACGAACGGCGCGGAUACCGCGCCGCCGAGCAUCCAGAGCAAACGUGAGAUGUUUUUUUCGUCGGCCACCGAUUCCAACAAGGAUUCGAAUCGAUUGAAUAAGACGCCGUCGGUGGAGAAGCCCGCGGAGCCGCCUAUCAAGAAAGACAGCCCUCCGGAGCCUCCGGCGAAGGAAAAAGACGAGUCUAGCAAGGAAUCGAGCCCCGAAAUCGUCAAAGAGCGGCCUAAGCCCAAGGAGUUGGACGGUUACGUGGGGUUCGCCAAUUUGCCUAAUCAAGUGUACCGGAAAGCGGUGAAAAAGGGCUUCGAGUUUACGCUGAUGGUUGUGGGUGAAUCGGGCCUAGGCAAAUCUACCCUGAUUAAUUCCAUGUUUUUGACCGAGAUUUACAAUUCAGCAGAUUAUCCGGGCCCCACUCAACGACUGAAAAAAACCGUAGCCGUGGAAACAACUAGGGUUCUUUUGAAAGAGAACGGCGUCAAUCUGAUGCUCACGAUGGUGGACACGCCGGGAUUCGGGGACGCAGUGGACAACAGCAACUGCUGGGUGCCCAUCAUCGAGUUCAUCGAGAGCAAAUACGAGGACUAUUUGAACUCGGAGGCGAGGGUUACGCGCAAGAUGAGCCCCGACCAAAGGGUCCACUGCUGUUUGUACUUUAUCCAACCAUCCGGGCACGGCCUGAAGAGUUUGGACAUCGAGUUCAUGAAGAGGCUGUGCGACAAAGUUAACAUCAUCCCAGUCAUUGCGAAGGCGGAUACUUUGACAUCAGACGAGUGCACGCAGUUCAAAAAGCAGGUGAUGAACGAGAUCGCCCAGCACAAAAUCAAGAUUUACGAGUUCCCCGACAUGUCGGAGGAAGACGAGGAACACAAACUCAACAAAUCCUUAAAAGAUAGGGUGCCGUUCGCGGUGGUGGGCUCCAACGUGGUGAUCGAGAGCGAGGGCAAAAAAACCAGAGGCAGGAGGUAUCCGUGGGGCGUAGCGGAGGUGGAAAACUUGGAGCAUUGCGAUUUCAUCGCCCUACGCAACAUGGUGAUACGGACUCACCUGCAGGACUUGAAAGACGUCACCAAUAAUGUUCACUACGAGAACUACCGGUGCAGGAAGCUCGCUGGAUUGGGCACCGACGGGAAACCGUCCCGGAUAUCUAACAAAAACCCCUUGGCGCAAAUGGACGAGGAGAAACGUGAGCACGACUUGAAGAUGAAGAAGAUGGAGGCGGAGAUGGAGCAGGUGUUUGAGAUGAAGGUGCGGGAGAAGAAGCAGAAGCUGAAGGACAGCGAGGCGGAGCUGACCAGACGCCACGAGGCGACGAAGAAGCAGCUCGAGCAACAGGCCAAAGAACUGGAGGAGAAGAGGCGGCAGUUUGAGCAGGAGAAAGAGGCGUGGGAGAAGGAGAACUGCAUCACGGUCGAGGAGUUGCGUAGGCGGUCCCUGGAGGGCAGCAGGGAGACGAUGGACGGUAAGAAAGACAAGAAAAAGAAAGGUUUAUUUUAGGUUCAUAAAGGGAGGUGUGAAAAUAGUGCGGGACUGAGACGUGGAUGUAAAAAGUUUCUCCAUUGUAUUUAUUUUACUGAGUAAGAGUAUUAUAAACGCGGUAGGCUUCAAUAGUUAUAAAGUUUUAUACCACAGUUAUUAUAUUAUAGGGAAAUCUCGAAGGCUGUUGUUUUUUUAAAUUUGUUUCGCAAUAUCGUUUUUUAUGUAAAGAUACACUCUAUCCCCGCCCAGUAACUCGCAGUUACUUUAUGAAAGCAAAAUAAAUCUUUUAGUCCGGAUGCUCCAAAAAAGAAACUGCCAUCUACGAAAGUAGGUUAGCCGAAAACAUGUCUUAGAAAUUAUCUGUGUAUAUUAUAUAAAAAAAAAUCGUAUUGAACGAAAUAUGAACCCGCAUAGAUUUUAUUUAAUAAAUGUAUUUAUUAAGAGUAUAAAUAUUAUUGUCAAGAAAUGAUAAUAGUGGCAACGCCUAAGUUUUCGAUGUGGAUUUAAAUUGUAAAAGAGAAGCCGUUCCUUGCAAAUGUGUAAUGAUGUAUUCCGACAUUUUGCUUUUAAGACGGAGCAUGUGCCAUCUCUAUCGAGUUUUUUUCCUGUCGUUUUAUAAAUACUGUGUAAGUUGUAAAAAUCGAAAGAAAUUUUAAAAUAUAUUUUUUAUUUCUC